AUGACAUUGGAAAUUUUAUUAACGAAAUCAUUGUCUAUUGAAAUUGAACGUUUGAGUAAACAGAUCUUUUGUUUUUUAGGUCGUGAUUUUGGCCAACAUUAUUCUCGUAUCCGUAUAUUCGAAUAUGAUGGUUAUUCAGAUGCAAAAUUUCUUAAAUUUAAUAUUCAUGGUCCAACAAAAGUAGCUAAUUGGUCAUUAACAUUUGCUACUGAAGGAAAAUGUUCGAAUCAGUUUGCUAAUAUUCAUUUUUAUCUUCAAUCUGGUGCAUAUCCGUUGACAGCACCACGAAAUGAAUCAUUUCCACAAGCAUAUAUAACCAGUCGUCAUAAUCUUUUUAAGUUAAUCUUUAAUCAAACAUUAAUAAAUCCAUUAAUUCAAAUAAAUAGUCCUUCUAUUGGAACAUGGUUUGCUAUGACAUUUAUUGAUCGACUAUCAUCAACUGUUGAAUCAAAAAUGGCUAAAACGGGAUGUAAUUUUUAUUUAUCAACUUGGUUGGAUUAUCAAGUAGUACCAAUAUCUUUAGCAUUGAUACUUAAUGAGCCAAUUCAAAUUGAAUUAACUUAUAAUAAACCAUCGAUUUAUGCAUCUUAUUAUACAUUAAUAGGAAAUUCUCGAAUUAUAAUUUUAUCAGAAUGGUCCAAUGAUUGUGAUAUAAUAAUUUUAGUUAAAACAAAUUCACUUCCGAAUCUUUCUUUAUAUGAUUACAAAACAGUUUGUAAGAAUAAAACAUGUUCAAUAGAAAUUGAUCAAUUAUCUGCAUUUAUAUGGAUUUAUUUUCAAAUAACAGUUCAUAAUUUAUCAUGUUUAACAAAUCCUAUUCAUAGUGAAAUAAUUAUUCGUUCAACAGAAUGUUUAUCAUCUGUAAAUAAUUUUUGUAUUCAAUCUUAUCCAACACGACGAAUAAUGUUUAAUUAUUAUUAUGAUUUUUUAUAUGUACCAAUAUAUGCAACAGAUCGAUUAAAUAGAGGUAGUACUAGUUCAAUAACAUUAAAUGAAAAAGAUUCAUCGAUAUAUUCUUAUGAAUUUAUUGUUGAUGAUCGAAAUCUUGGUGGAACAUUACAUUUUGAUUUUGAAUCUCGAAUUGCGCCUUUUGUAUCAUCAAAUGUGAAUGUUAGUGUUGUUGGAUGUAUAUCCAAAUAUCGACCACUUUUAUUUAAUAGAUGUGAACAUGAUUAUAAAAUAAUUAUUGAAAAAAAUUCUAUAUUAAUCAGAUCAAUACCUUAUCCUGAAAUGGCUCUUUGGUAUUUAACAUUACAGUAUGCCUGUAAUGGUUCAAUAAAUGAAUGUCAAAAUGCUUCGUUAUCUGUAAUGUUUCAAAUAUCAUCAUCACAAUGUACAAAACAACAAUGUGGAACGUAUGGUGUUUGUAGAAUAUUGACAUCACAACAAAAUCUUUUUUCAACUUGUUCAUGUAUUGCUGGUUAUCGUGGAUAUGGUUGUACUGAUAGUACUUAUGCUUAUUUAUCAAAAAGUUUAUCAAGUGUUCUCUUUUUAACAAUAAGUAAUUUAAUGUUUUUACCAGCUAUUAUAUUAGCUACCUAUAGACAUUUAUAUAUCGAAGCACUUAUUUAUUUUUUCAAUAUGUUUUUUUCAACAUUUUAUCAUGCAUGUGAUCAAGAUAUAAAUAAAUUGUGUAUAUUUAAAUAUGAUGGUUUACAAUUAUCAGAUUUUAUUGGUUCAUAUGCAUCAUUUGUUAUUACAUUAAUAACUAUGGCAAUAAUACCACGAUCAAUAAAAGCAUUUCUAUUUAUGUUAGGUGUAUUAACAUGUAUUGUGAUUAAUUCACGUGAUCGUUUUGAUCAUUUACAAUUUAUUUGUUUAAUUAGUAUUACAUUUAUUUUUACAAUUUUAACUUGGAUCAUUGUUUCAAUUAGAUAUCGUCGUUUACAACCAUCUCCAAAACGUCUUUUAUUAUAUACACCAGGCUUUUUAUUAGCAUUUACAGCACUUAUUUUAUUUGCAUUCUGUGAAACAGAUGAAAACUAUUGGUAUAUACAUAGUUUAUGGCAUAUAUUUAUUGGAAGUUCAAUUCUUUUUUUUCUUCCACAUAAUAAUUUCUAUAAAAGAGAACCUGCUAGACAAGGAAUACGAGCUGAUGGACAAAAUACAAACAUAAAUACAGAUAGUCCAUUCAUUGGUACUGUAAAUCAAGUAAUUGUAUUACCAAUUGACAACACUUCUUUAUCAUCAUCGAAUACUGACUCAUCAAAAAAAUCAACUGAUGAUCUUCUUCAUUAA